UUUUGUUGCAAUGGCUUCUGCCUCCCCUGCCCUCAAGCGUUCUGAUUCAAUUGCAGAUGGUAUGCCUGAUGCCCUGAGGCAGAGCCGCUACUACAUGAAGAAAUGCUUCGCCAGGUAUGUUGCAACUGGAAACAAGUUGAUGAAACGCCAACAAUUGAUGGAUGAAUUGGAGAAAGUUAUUGAAGAUGAGCUUGAAAGAAGCAAAGUCUUGGAAGGAUUACUUGGCUACAUUCUCAGUACUACUCAGGAGGCAGCUAUUGUUCCACCUUAUGUUGCUUUAGCAGUGAGACCUAAUCCAGGAUUCUGGGAAUUCGUCAAGGUGAAUGCUGACGAUCUGUCUGUGGAUAAUAUCACUAGUGUGGAUUACUUGAAGUUCAAAGAAAUGAUUUUCGACGAGAAUUGGGCACAGGAUGAAUACGCUUUGGAAAUAGAUUUUGGAGCUAUGGACUUCUCAACUCCUCACUUGACAAUUUCUUCUGCAAUUGGAAAUGGACUCAGCUACAUCUCAAAGUUCACAUCCCCAAGGCUUAGUGGGAGCUCUUAUAAAGCAAACCCUCUGUUGGAUUAUCUUCUAGCUCUUAAUCAUAGAGAAGAGAAACUUAUGAUUGAUGAAACCAUUAAUACAGUUGACAAGCUUCAGGCAGCUCUGAUAGUGGCUGAAGUUUUAGUCUCUAGUUUUCCGAAAGAUACACCGUAUCAGAAUUUCCAAUCGAGGUUGAAAGAGUGUGGAAUUGAGAAAGGAUGGGGGGAUACUGCAGAAAGAGUUACAGAGACAAUGAGGAUGUGUUCUGAAAUACUCCAAGCCCCAGACCCUGUGAAAUUUGAGGCUUUUUUCAGCAGGCUCCCCAACAUAUUCAAUAUUGUAAUCUUCUCCCCUCAUGGUUUCUUUGGGCAAUCAGAUGUUCUUGGAUUGCCAGACACUGGAGGCCAGGUUGUUUACAUUCUUGAUCAAGUAACUGCUAUAGAAGAAGAAUUGCUCCUCAGGAUUAAGCAGCAAGGACUCAAUGUGAAGCCUCAGAUUCUUGUGGUAACUAGACUAAUACCAGAUGCUAAGGGCACUAAAUGCAACCAAGAGUGGGAGCCAAUCUUCAACACAAAGCACUCCCACAUUCUCAGGGUCCCGUUUAGGACAGACAAAGGGAUUCUACCUCAAUGGGUUUCCCGUUUUGAUAUCUAUCCUUAUCUUGAGACUUUUGUCCACGAUGCUACUGCAAAGAUCCUGGAAUUCAUGGACUGCAAACCAGACCUGAUCAUUGGCAACUAUAGUGAUGGAAACUUGGUGGCAUCUCUAAUGGCUGCAAAACUUGGAGCAACUCAGGGGACUAUUGCUCAUGCUUUAGAAAAAACUAAGUAUGAAAAUUCAGAUGCCAAAUGGAAGGAAUUAGAUCCGAAGUACCACUUUUCAUGUCAAUUCACAGCUGACUUAAUUGCAAUGAAUGCAACUGAUUUUAUCAUAACUAGCACAUACCAAGAAAUCGCUGGAAGCAAGGAAAGGCCUGGACAGUAUGAAAGCCAUAUAUCAUUUACCAUGCCGGGGCUUUGUCGGGUAGUCUCGGGCAUCAAUGUCUUCGAUCCAAAGUUCAACAUAGCGGCCCCUGGGGCUGAUCAAUCUGUCUACUUUCCCUACACGGAGAGACAAAGGCGGCUGACAGAAUUUCAUCCUGCCAUUGAAGAACUGCUCUACAACAAGGAGGACAACAAUGAGCACAUUGGAUAUCUGGAAGACAGGAAGAGACCAAUAAUAUUCUCCAUGGCAAGACUGGACACAGUGAAAAACAUUACAGGACUGACUGAAUGGUAUGGGAAGAACAAGAGGCUGAGAAGUUUGGUGAAUCUUGUUGUUGUGGCUGGAUUUUUUGAUCCAGCCAAAUCAAAUGACAGAGAAGAAAUCGCAGAGAUUAACAAGAUGCAUGCCUUGAUUGAGAAAUACCAACUCAACGGUCAGUUUAGAUGGAUAGCGGCUCAAACUGAUAGAUAUCGCAAUGGAGAGCUGUACCGCUGCAUUGCAGAUACAAAGGGAGCUUUUGUGCAGCCUGCACUGUAUGAGGCUUUUGGUCUGACUGUCAUUGAGGCAAUGAACUGUGGGUUACCCACUUUUGCAACCAAUCAAGGAGGUCCAGCAGAAAUUAUUGUUGAUGGCAUCUCAGGCUUCCAUAUAGAUCCGAACAAUGGCGAUGCAUCGAGCAACAAGAUUGCUGACUUUUUCGAAAAAUGCAAGACAGAUGCUGGAUAUUGGAACUUGAUGUCAGCUGCUGGUCUUCAGCGUAUAUAUGAAUGCUAUACAUGGAAGAUUUACGCAAACAAAGUGCUGAACAUGGGAUCUGUUUAUGGAUUUUGGAAGCAACUGAACAAGGAACAGAAGCUAGCUAAACAAAGAUACAUCCAAAUGCUCUACAAUCUCCAGUUCAGGAAAUUGGCAAGGAAUGUGCCCAUCAAAAUACCUGAACAUCAAGUAGCGUCCAUCCCAACUCCCGUACCCCAGAAAUCUGCGCCAACUGGAACAGUUCAUAUCCCACGACCACCAAAAUUGAGGAAACCUAAACCUCAACUACCAGCACUAACAGUAAUGGAUAAGCUCAAGCAACCAUCAACAGUUCAUCCAGAAAAAAGGAAAGAAGACGUAGAGCAGAAACCGAGUAGCUCUGUACAAAGGAGUCGUCUAUACAAUGCUGGGAGUCAGUCAUUCUUGAUGAUUGGUUUUCUUCUCAUCAUUUAUUACCUUCUGAAGAAAUUGUAUUGCCAGUUUAUGUAAUGAAAAGAUAAAUGUAUGACGAAGAGAAUAAGAUUAAACAAGUCAUUUAAUUUGUAAACACUUCUGAAUGAUAAUAAGACAUC